UCAGUCGUUCGCAGCUCUUCGACAUCGGCGGCUCGUGGCACGGAAAAACGGUAAAGCCGCGCAAAAUUUAACAUCGCCCGUCCACACACACACACACACAGUCACAAGCGACAGUGUGUUCCAUAUGUGUAAUCAAAUCGUUCGGAGCCCCGCCGUUUAUAUAUAGAAAAUUUCAACGCACGCAGCUCUGAGGAAAACUAAAAUACGAAAAUAAAUUACGAAAAUCGUGGCCACUUUUCAAAAAGGCGCACCGAAAAAAUGAAAUGAAUAGAAUCGCACUUUCCACGGGCUCGCGUUAAUCGCAGUUAUUAUCGUUAUUAUUAUUCGCAUUACGCAUACGCCCCGUGUCCCGCUCGGCGUGCUUGUGUGCCUGUGUGCGGUGGAGAGCGAAAAGAAAAGCUCUGCUCGCGUCGCAGUCGACGUUGCGACUCCACCCUAAAUUGUAUAUCAAUUUUGAAGUGGUAUUUCGUGUUUUUCAAAGUGUACCGCCUGCCUGCUUGACCAGAAACGGGGCCAAAUGCCACGAUAAUAGUAGUCCCUACGUACAAUACCAGUGAGAAUCGAAUCGAAAAAAAAAAAACAAGGAAAAUGCGAGAAAAAUGUUUGGUUUAUGCGAAAAGUUGAUGACACAUUUCGCUGUCAUUUUGACCGCAUUUUCCUUCUCCCAGCCGCUGUUGUUGUUGCUGAUUUGCGGGCCGCAUGGCGGCACCUUCCCCUCGACAUCCAUCCACUGGGCGGAGGCCUCGGCGGCGGAUGAAGCUGUCGGCAAGUGGGCCACCCAAUUUGGCGACGAGCUGUUCGCGCUGGCGCAGAAGAUCACCAAGUCGCAGGAGAUCAAGGAGAAGUACAAGGAGUACAAUGCCCGCGUGGAGCUGAAGAACGGCACCGAACUGAUUAAGUCAAUAACGAAAAAUGUGGGCAGAAUGCUGGCGAGGAAAAUGGACGCGGUGCGGUGCAUCCAGGAGCGUGCGGAAUAUGUGAACGAGAACUUUGAGUUUAAUCUCACCUAUGCGCUUCAGAACUUCACCUACUUUUCUAGCAAGUAUUCGACCUUUAAUGGAAACAGUUCCGAGGAGCUGGAACCUAAUGAGGCUGAGUUCGCCUGGAUGUAUCGGAAUAUGGAGUUGAAUCCGGACACACACUUCUACAAUACGCCAGUGGACACGGAACACAGUUCGGUGCACGUGCCAUCGAAUAUAUGGGAUCGAUCGGAACGUGUCCUGAAGACCAUAAUGUGGUCCGAGCAUCUGGACGAGGUGUUCCGGCAGAAUUACCAAUCCGAUCCGGCCUUGUCGUGGCAGUACUUUGGCUCCGAUACGGGAAUCCUGCGCCACUAUCCGGCUGCCCAAUGGACUGAUACCAGACCAAAUCGGGAUGAUGCCGACACCUAUGAUUGCCGCAAGAGGUCUUGGUACAUUGAGACAGCCACGUGUUCAAAGGACAUUGUCAUCCUGCUGGAUCAUUCGGGUUCAAUGACGGGCUUCCGGCAUCAUGUGGCAAAGUUUACCAUUCGCAGCAUCCUAGACACUUUCUCCAACAAUGAUUUCUUCACCAUUCUGCGGUACUCGAGUGAGGUAAAUGACAUAAUACCCUGCUUCAAUGGAGCUCUCGUCCAGGCGACACCCGAAAACAUAGAGGUCUUCAACCAGCAAAUCGAACAGUUGGACGAUCCUGAAGGAUAUGCUAAUCUCACCUUGGCCUACGAGACGGCCUUCCAACUGCUGCGAAAAUACUACGAUAGUCGUCAUUGUGUCACCAAUUCGACGUGCAAUCAGGCCAUUAUGUUGGUCACCGACGGAGUGGCUGGAAAUACCACCGAAGUCUUUCAGAAGUACAACUGGGGCAAUGGCGAGAAUGGAACCUCGCAGAUGGACACACGUGUGUUCACCUAUCUGCUGGGCAAGGAGGUCACCAAGGUGCGCGAAAUCCAGUGGAUGGCCUGCCUCAAUCGGGGCUACUACUCGCAUGUCCAAACUUUGGAUGAGGUCCACGAAGAGGUGCUCAAGUACGUCGAUGUCAUUGCCACGCCCUUGGUGCUGCAGAACGAACAACAUCCGCCCACCUGGACGCACGCCUUCACGGACAAAACGUACGAUCCAAAAACUUCCAAUGAAAAACGACCUCGCCUAAUGAUAUCCGUGGGAGUGCCCGCCUUUGAUCGCUUCUAUCGCCACGCGAACAGCACAAAUCCGAGGGCACGUUUGUUGGGAGUCGCUGGAACAGACGUGCCCGUGGAAGAUAUAGACAAGCUGACACUGCCCUACAAGCUGGGUGUUAAUGGCUACUCUUUUGUGGUGUCCAACAAUGGAUAUGUUCUGCUGCAUCCUGAUCUACGACCCAUUGGGACCAAUGGAAAGAUGAAUCCCAACUAUAACAGCAUCGAUUUCACCGAAGUGGAGCACCUGUUCGAAGAUCAAAGUCCGCGGGAACCGGGCGAAUCUAUUCUACACAUACGCAACGCCAUGGUGCGCCACGAAGCCAAUGAGUUCAAGAGCAUAUCGGUCAAGUUUCACUAUGACAAGAUGCGCCGCGUUUCCGAGGAGAAGCAGGACUACUUCUUUGCCCCACUGCCCAACACUCCAUUCACCUUGGGCAUCGUAAUGCCCAGCGAAUAUGGCAAAACUUGGAUCAAAGUUGGCGAGGAGGUGGACAAGAACAAGCACAUGAAGAUAAAUAUAUCGGACUUUUUCAUCGGCGAAAACUGGAAAGUUCAUCCCGAUUGGGUUUAUUGCAAAUACCACUAUCUGGAGGGUCAUGAGUUUAAAACACCUGAGGCGGAGUUGCGCGAGUUUCUGGCCAAGAUGCAAAACGAUUGGAAGUGGUCAGAGCAAUAUGCGGAGGAUGAAUCCGACUGGGACGACAAAGAUGAUCUGAACUGUGGUCGCAAAACGCUGGGUGAUGAUGCCUACUAUUGCAACAAGGAGCUGGUGAACCUGCUCAUCUUCGACGCCAAGGUAACGAAUUCCAGCUACGGUGUUUGGCGGUUCGAGAGCGAUGAGGAACGCCAGUUGAUCGAGCGGUUCCGUGCUGAUCUGCGAUUUGUGGCCACCAUGAGUGGCCUGACCCGUUGGCAGUUUAUCUUCGGAGAGGUUGAGGUGGACACGGAUCGUGAAUUCGGGGACUACCAUACCACGGCCAUCGAUGAGACCUGGUACAAGAGUGCCAUCCUGCAGCAUCACGAGGACCGAGCGGAGAGCUUUGUCUAUUCGGUGAAAUAUUACGAUGAUCCCAUGGAGGACAGCGAGGUCAAGGUAACCGCCUCACAUGCCAUCUUUCCGAGGGACGGUGGCAAGGAGGCGCCCGCCUGCGUAGUGGGCUUCCAGUUUUCCCACGCCCGCAUGUGGGAGCGCUUCUUCAACAUCACCGCAGUGGAUCAUUGCAACCAUUGCUUGCCCAUCUGCACUGAUGACGACGUGGAUUGUGUGGUGAUUGACAAUAAUGCGUAUAUCGUAAUUGGACAGAAUAUCAACACCACUGGCAAAUUCUUUGGCGAAUUCCACGGCGAUGUUAUGACUGCGAUGGUGGAAAGGGGCAUCUUUCUCAGCAUAGAGGUCUACGAUUACCAGGAGCAAUGCAAGGAGGAGCCAAAGGCGGGUAGCGAUGGGCACGGUCUGCUGCAUCCCCUUCGAUUGUUAAGCCUCGGCUGGAAGUAUUUAGUAGGUCGACUCUUCUUUGAAUACCAGAGAAUUCAAUGGUGGGCUGAUGGAGCGCCAUUUAUGGAAUACACAGAUGAGAUUGAAGACGAGUACGUGGCAGUGGGUGAUGGAGGAAAGUCUUCAGCUUCGAAGCCAAAAGAUGAUAGUGACGACGAAAACGCCAUGUUCGAUGAACCCGAACCCGAUCCCAUCUAUAAGGCAUGUGACAAGCGAUCCACUCUUUAUGCACUGCAGCCAUCUGCCCUCGUGGGCAUUAAUGACUUUGUGGAGGCGCCUUCAACUCGACCCUUCUUGGUUAAGAAGAUUCCGAACUCCAAUCUGGUGCUGGUGGUGGUCAAUGUCCUGAUGCCGUCGCGUAGCGUUCGCCUGACCACCGAACCGCAGCGUAUGGAAUACGAUAAAGAAUUCCCCUGCUAUAAGCUCAAUAUGAGUUUCUACGAACGACGGCGCAUCGAAGAGUGUUAUACGGUACACGAAGAUGAGGAACUGUACACCUAUUGCGGCAAUGCCUCGCGGCUGGUUUUGACGCUUCAGCUAAUGCCGCUGACCAUAAUUUUAGUGUUUUACCUGACGCACAGCUUUAUGCGUUAGGUACAAUGUACACAGAACUAUACAUUAUACAACUAUUAUGUACUAUACGCGACUACGAUCGAUUGUAAACUUUAUGCCGUAGUCCAAUACUUUGUCGAAUGUUUAACAACAGCGCAAAACAAACAAAAACUGGCACAAUCUUCGGUACGAAAACCACUAUAAGCAAGAACAAUUUCAACUUUUAGACUUACAAACUGCGCCAAAAAUUAUGAAACUGGGUCUUACUUUAUUUUAAAAAAUUGUAGUGAACGAUGAAGGCCGCUGCAAACAAAAGGAGACAACUUAAAGACCAACGAUUUCACACGAUGAGUUUCCUUGUUCCAAGCUGAUCCUUCAACAUUUUCUUAGAAUCUUAGUGAACGCAAUGUUUCUUUUUUAUAUACAAUACCUAACGCCUAUAGAAAAAGAACCCACGUUUCAAUGACUAUUUUGAUAGAUUAAUAUGGUGCAACCAAUGCCAAAUAUUAAAUGAAUAAAUUAGCAAAAAUUAGUAAAUUGCGAACAAAAAUAAUUCGAAUGACAAUUAUUUUUGUAAUUUUAUAAAACUUAGUUGAUUUUGUACAACAAUAAAAACGUAUAAAUAUUAUAAUACACGUAAAUGAUGGAAAAGCAAAAAAAAAAAAUACACAAAACACCUACUUUUGUUAGGAAUAUUCGCUAUUUCUUAAAGCCGAAUAGAAUAUAUAUGGUUUUCGUUUUUGAACGCAGCCUAAAAAACGCGGUUUACAACAGAUAAUAUUUAAUGUUAAUGCGGCGAACAUUUUUCAUAUGUUUUCCAACGGUUUUGUAAAGUGUACUUUAUUGAAUAUAAUGUUUUUAAAACGGCAAGUUAACGCACAGAUUUGUAAAACCAAGCAUAGGACCACCUGUAAAGUAUGCAAUACUUAUUUAAUACUGAGUUCGAAAACCCCAUCUAUUAUAUAAUUUACAGCGCUCUUCAGGCCAUACACUAAGUCGAAAGUCUUUAGCAAGAUUUACACAGAAGAUGGUAGGGGGAAACCAAACCUUAAAUGAAUACCAACCUAAUUGCCUUUGUAUCGUAUUUCGAAUGUGGAAACAAUUUAUGAACUUUAUGAAUUUAUGCCUAGAAACCUAAAACAAAAUAUGUAAUAUUAUGAUGAAGACAAUUUAAAUUAAGAUUAUUUUCAAGGAAAUGAAAUCAAAAGAAGACGGUGUUUUUAAAGGUGAGCUAAUGAUGCUGAGAUGAAUGGCAAAAUGAAAUGAAAACAGUUAACUAUUAAAUGUAAUUUUUUAAACAAACUGAAUUACUAAUACAACCUUUAUUUUUUGGAGUGUUUAAACGUUGUAAAAUGUAUUAAAAAAAAAAUAUGACAUAACAAAAUCUAGUUAUAAUGGUAUACGUGGAUUUGCUGCAAGUUCAUCAUCAAGUUAAUGUUCAUCUCUAUGAGUUAUAUAGGCUCUUUUUAAUCACAUUUUUUUAAAUUUCGACACGUAUACACAAUGUAUAUGACAUGUCCACUAAAAAUAAGAAACGAUAAACAUUUUAAAUUUCCUUAGCAAAAUAAAUGAACUAAUCGUCGAC